GAAUGCUCCCCAGCCUCUCAAGUCCGGAGCAAGAAAUACGGUAACGAAUCAGGAAUUUAUCUUCCUGAGCCCUCCCCUGCUGGAAUUGCCCUCCCGACUGUGUUAUCGCUGCCAAAACUCCGCGGCCAGGACACAGGCGAGGGGGGAAGAAUAAGUGGACAACUUGAUGCAGUUCUGGGAGUGUGUGGAAAUUAUUUACUGGAUAAAGAAUGGAAGGACGACCUGCGUCCAACCCCGGAGAGCCGAGGGCAAUGGAAUAAUUUAAACAAAACUCUCCCUCCUCCGAAAAGAAAAUCAGCCAUAACGAGUUUGAAGCAGCUUUUUAACAGCGAUUUCGAGUAUGUAGAGGUGGAAGUAGGUCGAGAUUGCGGGCUGGAAAGGCACAAGUCCCCUGAUCUUCACUCAUUGUGGAGUUUGUUUGGAUCCGUUUACUCUCUGGGAUUACAGUUUGAAGGAUGCUCGCAGUUUGAAGCUGCUGGAUCGGGAAACUCUGCGCUCUCCUUGCGGGAUGACAGCGGACUGCGUGUUCCGGGGGUUGUGAGAAGGGAUGGUGGAUGGCUAACGGCUGAGUCUCUUCACCCACCCCGCUCACCCCACCCCUCUGCCUCUGCCUGUGUGAGGGAUGCUGAGACGGGUUGUCCCGACAAUGGAUCCGGGCACCGGCUGCUGCCUUUGGGCUGCCUUGCUCUCUUUGGCGACUCUGAGUCGCAGCCAGGAGCUCAGUCCUAGCGGUAGGAAUGUGUGCAAGGCACAAGGCUCUUCUGCAAGUGUAUGUUGCCCUGGGUGGAAGCAACAGGGCCAAGAAUGUCCAAUAGCUCUCUGUCAGGGAAACUUCACCUGCAAAGCAAAUGAAAUCUGUGUCAGACCCAACCAGUGCCGCUGUAGGCAUGGAUAUUUCGGAGCCAACUGCGAGACCAAGUGUCCUGAACGGUUCUGGGGCCCGGACUGUAAGGAGAUGUGCCUGUGCCACCCAAAUGGGCGCUGUGCAGACGCGACUGGGAAAUGCACCUGCAACCCCAACCGCUGGGGGCCAACCUGCAACAAACUCUGCCUCUGCCACAAUGGGAAAUGUGACCAGGAUACAGGGAAGUGCAAGUGCGAACCACACCGGUGGGGCUCCACUUGCUCAAACCUCUGCUACUGCAGUGCCAACUCUCAGUGCGAUCCAAAAACGGGCAAGUGCAUCUGCCAGCUGGGCUGGUGGGGGCGCAGCUGCCACAACCAGUGCCUCUGCAACAACUCACCCUGUGACCAGAUGCAAGGUAGAUGCCAGUGCAAGGAGAAGUUCUGGGGACCAAGGUGUGAGCGUUGCCAGUGCAUCCAUGGGAAAUGCAACCCUAUCAAUGGAUCAUGUGCUUGCUAUCCUGGAUACAGAGGAAAGUACUGCACGGAACCCUGUCCAGCCGGAUCUUUUGGCCAUGGAUGCAGAAGGAGGUGCGGCCAGUGUAAAAAUCACCAUCCCUGUACAAUCGCUGAUGGUCGGUGCCUAGCCUGCGAGCCUGGAUGGAAUGGAACCAGAUGUGAUAAGAUAUGUUCGGCAGGUUUCUAUGGAGAAGGGUGCGGAGCACAAUGUCCCCGUUGCAAGGAUGGGCAUGCUUGUAACCACAUCACUGGGAAGUGCCUGCACUGUAAUCCUGGAUGGAUUGGACCUCAGUGCGAUUUAAAAUGCCAAAAUGGUACUUAUGGGGAAAACUGCAAUUCAGUCUGCACAGAUUGCUUCAAUGGGACCUGCCACUUUGCAACUGGAGAAUGUAUCUGCCACAACGGCUUCCAUGGCCUCUCUUGUAACAUGACCUGUCCCUCGGGACUCUAUGGAGCCAAUUGUGUUCACCCCUGCCCAUGCAUUGAAGCCAACUGUGACCCGGUCUACGGCACGUGCAUUCUGGGUUCCAACGGGCGAGUUGGAGUGAUUGCUGCUGGUUCUCUGAUUUUGUUUCUGCUGCUUCUGCUCCUGCUGUUCCUGUGCUGUUACUGUCUCUGUCACAAGAAGAAUCAAGGAAACGAUUCCAGCCAAGUCAUCACUGUCAGAGGCAAGCAGGCACGGAGACGCUUGCGUGGCACCAUCAGCCAGAUCAGCACCAAGCUGCCCAGAAUUCCCAUUAAGCGGCAGAAAUUCCCAAAGGUUGUAGUGGCACAUCAUGACAUGGAAAACACCCUAAACUGUAGCUUCAUCGAGCCGCCCUCUAUGAUGGAUCAGCCAUCCCCUUCUUGGUCUUCCCAUGGCUCUUUUUCUUCUUUCGAUACGGCAGAUGAUGGCCCUGUGUAUUGUGUACCUCAUGAGGAGAGUGUUAUGGAGAGCAGUAUCCGUGAGAAGGUGAACCCAGUGGAAAAGCUAGCCCCUCCAAUAAGUGAAGAGGAUGCUGGGGAGUACACAUGUUUGAAAAGUGACCCCAAUGACAUGCUGUUACUUAAACUAUCAGACAGUGAAGCCUCCAGCAAUGGCUCUGGCUCGACCAGUGGGGCUGUGUAUGCUAAAGUAGCGAGGCUGUCCAAGCAGUCUAAAGACAGCGACAACAGCAUCAACACCAACAGCAGCAGAACCACCAACAUUAGUGGGAAGCAGCCCUCCCCAGAGAGGACCAAACCUCCCCCUCCCGAUCCUUCAACCAAGCCCAAAUUAUCAUGGAUUCAUGGCAAAUUCAACUCCAGCCAACCUAACCCUUCAUCAGCCACAAGGUCUCCAUCUCUGGAUAAAGCAGCCACUCAAGCAGAGGGUCACCAUAGUGCUUUGGGUGGCAGGAGGAGGAACCUGAGUGAAUCCUCUGCUGGACUUUAUGGUAGGCAGGAUGAGAAGAGAGGCUCCUCUGAGGUCAAACUGAGGCGCAAGGACAAGGGCCACAACCGGACAAGGGAACACACACCCAAUGACCUGAGUUAUGGAAGCAAAGUGCAGAAGAAUAAAGCAAGCCCCGAACAGACGCAAAAUCUCAAUGGCAGCGUCCAGAACACAUCGAAAAGAAGUGGACCUUCACCCAGUGAUAAGAAGCCAGCCGAGGGGAGAGAAUCGCAAAGAAGUCCCCCACAGGCGAAAGGUAGACCCGAGGUGAUUCACCCCCACCUAUCUCCGGAGACGGCCACCAUGCUGGCCGCUCAACUCAAAGAGAAAACCCAGAGCCUAAACAAGUCAGAGGUUAACAUGAGGCAAAAUGGGUUGAUUCCAGCCCACCACCAGCGGGAGAAACCCACACCCCCGCAGAAAGCUAAGCGGUCCUUUGGUGCCAACAGCCAGCGAGCGGUCAUUCCGACGUCAAGCAACCUACAAAAGAUGAUCAGCCCUUCUCCGGAACACCAGGAGGCCGUGGGAGGCAACGCCAGCGGUUCAACCCUGGAAAGCUGCAGCUACCAGGAGCAAGAUGGGGUGAACUGUUCUCAGGCCAAACAGGAAAUGGGUGAGCAGACACCCAAAAGGACACCAAUUAAAAAACCCCCGAGGAAGCGCAGCAAAGAGGCAACAUUGGAAUCACAUCCAAAAACGCCCACGAUGUCCCCUCAGGUGAUGGCUGUAAAGGAGUCAUAACCCAAAACAAAAUAUUCCCACUGCUGAUGUCCACCUCACAGAGCAGCAGGGCAAAAAGGUGCUUAUAAGCCUCAUGUAAGCCCAAGGAGCUGUGAGGCUGUUGCAGUACUUCACCAGCAGUGGCCCAAACAGGAGUAACAGAUAAAUUACUAACUUUUAAUAUAUGUACGUACCUGAGUGUAUCUUCCCCUCACUUACCCUUCACUGAAGGUCAGAUGUUGACCAACGGUGACCAAAUGAAUUAAGUGUUGCAUUGACACUGACAGAUGACCAAAAAAUCUUUCCCAUGACCUUAUCUGUGACUGAUGACCAGUAAUGGUACAGCGAACCUCUGGGCUUUGCGGCUUGUUUUUAGAGUUAGGCUUCUUUCUCUGGACAGAAGAAUCCAACAUUUUGUGACAUUAUAUAUUUCCGUGAAUUUUGCAUUAGCAAAGCUUUCUCCAAAAAAGGAACAUGUCAAUUCCUUGUCAUUUUCUGUUAUCUUAUUCAGUAACAGAUCGCUGGCUUUUGUAUAUUAUUCUUUUACAGUUCUACAGUGACCAAAACAAAACGAAUGGUUUAAAGAUCAAGGCUGGGAGAUGAAGGCUUCAUGCCUUACUUAAAUGUGGGUAACUUGCUUGGUGCUGCACUCACUGCAGUGAUUUCCACUCAGGCACCUUGCCUGUGAGACGUGGCAGAGAGCAGGAGGAGGAGAUGGGAGAUUGACAAGAACCUAACAUUGGCGGGGAAGGGCUCAUUGUUGGCAGGAGAUGAUGUCUGAACCAUUUUGGAGUGGGGAGAAAAUGAUCCUGGAAAGCAGAGAGCCCAGGGAGCAGAGUUGGCUGUCACAGAAGGGAUCAGUUCAUUUUAUAAAUUUAAUUGCAGAACACUGGAGCGCAGAGGUGGGAGUCCACAGUGAGGUUUUCAGCAGCCGCAGCGUAUGUGUAUUAGCUUUCAGGAGCAACUUGCAAACAUAGGUUUAGCCUCUCAAACGCUUUUGAUGUAUUUUACAGUUUUGCAUACUACGUGCGUGAGACACUCAGUAACACUUGGCCAUUCUGCCAUCCUUGAGUGAUGGAGAGGGAAGAGCCUGAACUGGCUCAGGUUACUGUGCUGCAGCCAGCACACUGGGACUCUCUACUCUUGACGCACUGUGUCCCAGCUUCUUUCUGUAUACAAUCAUUUUUAUGUGUAAGAUAUUUUUUUAUUUCAAGUUUUAUUAAAAAUGCCAAGCAAAAAGAAUAAAAAAUUUCUU